AUAUUGAUUGAUCGCCACAAGUGGUGCGCAUAAGCAUUUACUUCAGCUACCUCCUGCCCCCCGAUUCCUGGCCUAUCCCCACCCAUAGUGGACGCGAGCCAUGACAUAGGUUCGUCAUUAUGCUGCCCGGUUUCGCAUAUAUACACAGCUAUCGGCUCGUGCUACCCGGGGUAUAGCAUCGUAGACAUCAACCACGGCCACGCCUGUCAGCCAUCCGCACAAAAUUAUCUUUGGCAAGCCAAGAGGUGCGCUGUUUCCGGGCGGGUCCCGGCGCGAUGGACACCUCUGGUAAUGCCAACCGGGGCCCCCCGCCUUACUCGCCGCGCUACUCAACACCAUCGCCCGCCUACCCGGCUGAACCCGUGGGAUCGGUGAGUUUCGAUGAUCCCCAACGGCCGCCGGCCGCGUCGGGCGCGCCGCCGCCAGGUUUCGUGGUUUCGUCGUCCGCCGCACCUGCGGGAGUGUAUCCGCCGACAAUGUACUCAGACUCAACAGCAGGCUACUAUUCGUCUUCUUCGCCAGGAGGGUACCCACCUUCUUCGCAAGGAGGGUACCCACCUUCUCAGCCAGAAGGGUAUCCACGCAGAAAUUCAUCAAUGACAAUGCUUAUGCCUGGAGCACCCAAUCUGUACCCAUCGCAUGGAUCGCCUUCCAUACCUGAGAUGCCCACGCAAGCAAGAUCGUUUCGGGCUCCGUCGUUGUCGUCGAUCGGCUAUUCGACCGACCUGUACCCGCCACCAAGCGCUCUUCCUCCCGUCAGUGCGCGGCCUGGUUACGAGCCGCCGACUGCUGCCGGCUACCCGACGAGCAGCUACAGUUCGAGCAGCCGCGCUGCCACCGGUUACUCUACCCUCGGAUACGCCUGUCCCGAGAGCGGUGCGCACUAUGCAUCGGCGUCUAGAGGAAGCACGUCGGGUACAACGACGCCUGGUUACUACGGCGGGUCGGGGGCCCGAAGCUCCUGCUAUUCUCCAGGACGGGGAACCAUAAAGACGUACAGGAACUUCAAUGUCCAUCAGGAUGUCGAUGUGCUCAGGAAAGCCUUGAAAGGAUGGACCACAGACCACGCUGCGGUCAUCGACAUCCUGUGCGCGAGAUCGGACUAUCAGCGGCAGGAGAUAGUCAAAGUCUACAAGCAAUCGUUUGGACGCGACUUGAUGAGGGACGCGAAGUCCACCGUGCGCAGUAACUUCGAGGACAUUAUAGUCGGGCUACUCUACCCGCUGCACGAGUACUUGGCACGCGAGCUCCGCAAGGCCAUCGCUGGUCUGGGCACCGACGAGGAGUGCCUCAUUGAAAUACUCUGCACGCACAGCAACGAAGACAUCCGGCUGAUCAAGGAUUACUACCACCGGAUAUUUAAUAAACAACUGGAGAAGGACAUCAUCGGCGACACAUCUGGUGAUUUCCGCCGUCUACUGGUGUCAAUGUGUAAUGGUCAGCGGGAAGAAAACGCCCCCUUGGAUCCUGCCCGUGCGCGCAGUGACGCUAAUCAGCUGUACCGGGCGGGCGUAAUGCGCUGGGGCACGGACGUGUCGGCGUUCAACCGCAUCAUCGCCAACCAGAGCCACGACCAGCUGCGCCUCGUGUUUCGCGAGUACAACGCGCUCGCCAACCACACCGUCAUGGAGGCCAUCAAGAGCGAGAUGAGCGGAGACCUCCGCCGGGGAUUCCUCGCCAUCGUGAAGUGCGUCUACAGUCCUCCUUUUUAUUUUGCCGAAAAGCUGUACUACUGUAUAAAGGGACUCGGCACCAAUGACAAAGUGCUCAAGCGGGUGAUAUUGUCACGCUGCGAGAGGGACUUAGAGCUAAUUAAAGAAGAGUUCCUCGACAAAUACAAGAUGACACUGGCCAGUGCCAUUCAGUCAGACACGUCGGGCAACUACAGGAAGGCCCUACUUGCCAUUGUCCGAGGCAACUGAGGUGCACCUGCUCGGCAUCGGCUCGCUUGCAGUAUCCGUGGGAGACUACCAAUGUUGUCGAAUGGUUCAAUCGGGACAGGCGAGCGCCGUGAAUCAACUCAUUCGUCUACGAUGCAGAAGCCUCUGACGAUUUUGAACGAGAAAUUCGAGGACACCUAAAAUUA